AUGGCGAGCGCGAGGACGCCGACGCACGAGGCGUCCUUCGACGAUCGCGGCGCGUACGUCGUCCGCGUGCGCCUCCCGGGCGUGUCCUCCUCCUCCGCCGUCAGCGUCGACGUCGUGAACGGCGACGUCCUCGAGGUGUUCGCGCUCGCGUACGGCGGCGACGACGACGACGACGACGCGUCCUCCGCGUCCUCCGCCGCGGGGGGAUGGAGGCUGACGCACCCGCUGCCGUUCGCGGUGUCGUCGUCGUCGUCGUCGUCCGCGCGCGCCGAGGUGUCGAGGGUCAAGUUCAGCAAGAAGAGUCGGACGCUGACGGUCGCGUUCGACGGCGCGAGCGCGAUGGAUCCGUCGCCGACGCCGACGAAGGCGGCGGCGGAGCGCGCGACGGCGCCGUUCCCGCCGGACGAACCGUCUCGGGAAUACGAACCGUCGCCUCCGCCGUCGCCGAUAUCGCGCGCGAGCGACGACGACGACGAUCGCCGCGAAGAAGAAGAAGACGCGUCCGAGCCGUCGUCGUCGUCGCCCGGGCGGUCGCCGCCGCCGCCGCCGCCGCCGCGGCGCCCCCCGCCCCGCGACGCGGCGCCCUCGCAGACGCUUCCCGGCGGGAUCGACUUCGCCUUCGACCCCAACCUGUACCUCUGCGUCGACGCGACGGGCGCGCGCGGGCGGCACCUGAGAGCGCGACGCGCGCUGCGCGAGGGCGACGUCGUCAUGACGUGCGACCCGCUCGUGUGCGCGGUGCACGACCGGCACGCGGAGCGCGCGUGCGCCUUUUGUUACCGCGACGUCGACGGCGGCGGCGUUCGAUGCGACGCGUGCGACGCCGCGCUCUACUGCGGCCGUCGAUGCCGCGCGGCGGACACGUCGCACGUCGGCGAGUGCGCGCUCGCGCGGCGCGCGAAGACGGACCCGCGGCUUUCGUCCGCGACGAGAGGGCUUCGACUGUUUCUUCGACUGCUCUACGUCCGCGCGACAGCCCCGGGGCUCUUCGACGCGGUGAAGGCGCUCGACUCGCCGUUUCGCGACGUCUCCGCGGAGAAACGCGCCACGUACGUCGGCAUGGCGAACGCGGUGAACUCGAUGCUGCCGCCCGGACCGGCGCGGAUGGACGUCGACGCGCUCGCGGAGGUGAUGAGCAAAGUGCACGUGAAUUCGCACGGCGUCGUCGACGCCGCGGGCAGGGCGCUCGGGACCGGGGUGUAUCCCCCCGCGGCGUUGUUUAAUCACUCGUGCGCGCCGAACGCGGUGGUGUCGUUCGGCGGGGCGGACGACGAUGGCGACGGUUCACAUUCCGACCGCGACGGUUCAUGUUCUAACGGUUCAACAAACAACGGCGCGAGGCUCACCGUGCGAUGCGUAUCCCCCGUGGAGGAGGGCGAGGAGAUUUGCAUCGCGUACGCGGAGGUGUACGCCACGAGAGAGACGCGUCGGGAGGCGCUCUGGGAAAAGAAGGCGUUCGCGUGCGAGUGCCGUCGGUGCGCGGACGCGGCGUCCGCGCGAAGGGACGCGCCGCUCGGCGGGUGGCGGUGCCCGCGUCUGAGCGCGUGCGACGGCGUCGUCCCGGACGCGGGAGACUCGUGCUUGACGUGCGGCGCGAAAUGCGCGCGCGCGCGGUCGAAGAGGGACGCCGCCGAGCGUCGGUGGAUCGGGCGGCACGCGGCGGCGUUGACGGCGUUGCGGGAAAACGAUCACGCGACGGCCGUUUCGAUCGCGUGCGAAGUCGUGCGUGAGAGCGACGACGCGCUGUGCGACGCGCACGUGAUACGGCACGAGUGUCGGCUCGUUUUGAUGGACGCGCACGCGGCGUUGAAGCAGUGGAGGCACGCGGCGGACGUCUCGCGCGACGUCGCGGACGCGAUGCGGCGAUUCGUCAAUGUGAAUCAUCCGGGGAGGGCGCACGCGUUGCGGUGCUUGGGCGACGCGCUCGUCGCGCUCGUGGACGUUGACGAGCGGAAGGAGAGGCGGAAGACCGUCGUCGCGAAGGGAGGGGGGAAGAAGAAGGGCGCCGCCCACGCCCACGCCCACGCGGCGGCGGUUGACGUUUCGUCUUCCGCGGCGGUCGCGCUCGCGGAGGCGGCGGCGGCGUAUCGACGCGCCGGCGCCAUCCUCGAGAUCGCGUACGGGAGACAUCACCCGGCGACGACGGAAGCGCGCGAUUCGGAACUGGCCGCGCGCGCGCGAAUGCAGAGCCUUCACUAG